CCCGCCGCCGCGCACGUCGCGACGUACCGACCCGACUCGUGGCACACGCUCUUGUGGACAUAUUAUGUGUUAAGUGAUCCAUCAUGAAGGGCAGACACCAAUUCCGCCGCAGAUUCAGUCUGCAACCGUCGUUUAUGAAGGAAGACCACGACGACGAACGAAGGCCCCACAGGACCGAGAGAAGCGAAGACCCAGUUUCUAACAGUGGCGGCCUCACUAACAGUGCAGUCCGGCAUAAAAUUGUUGUUCUCGGAGCUGCUAAAGUUGGAAAGUCGUCGCUCAUAACUCAAUUUCUUUACGGUACUUUCUCGACGAAAUACAAGCGGACAAUAGAGGAAAUGCACCACGGCGACUUCAACGUGUCUGGAGUCAGGCUGACCCUUGACAUUUUGGACACGUCUGGCUCGUACGAAUUUCCGGCAAUGCGGGCGCUAUCCAUGCAAUCGGCAGACGCGUUCAUUUUGGUUUACGACAUAACCGACGCUAACAGUUUCACCGAAGUCAGGGCUCUGAGGGAUCAAAUACACGAAACCAAACAAAGCACGGCCGUGCCCAUCGUCGUUGUAGGAAACAAAGUGGAUUUAGCGGAGACGGGCGCGCGACAGAUAGAAUUCCACACAACAGAAUCGGUGGUGACAGUGGACUGGGAGAAUGGCUUCGUCGAAGCGUCAGCGAAGGACAACAUCAACGUGUCACAGAUCUUCAAGGAGUUGUUGGUGCAGGCAAAGGUGAAGUACAAUCUGUCGCCUGCGUUGAGGCGGCGCCGGCGGCAGUCGCUCCCGACGGGGCCGCAGGGCGCUCCGGGAUCCAGCCCAACGCCACCCGCGCCCUCGCAGCCCCACGUGCCCUCCCCGGCGCAGCUCGCCCACCUACAACAGAUACGGGAACGGCACAAUAGCAAACGCAAUUCGUGCGUCAUCUCCUAGAUCAAUCGUGUAAGUUUAGGUGUCGUAUUUCGUCCUAUCGGUGGAGUGGCGCGGCCCUUUCAAUGGAUAACAUAACCGUAAUCAUAUUUGUUUUGUACGUUAAGGAAAAGAACAACACAAGCUUAAUCCCUCUUAUACACAUUUUAACUCACAAAUUCAUAAUUGGGUCCUCGCGAUAAAUGAUUGAUGAUGUUUACAUCAAACUCCAACAAACCAGAUGCAGCCGCAAAAUCGAUGAACUUACAAAUUCUUCGUAAGUUACAUGGAAACUUUGCGUAAAUUAGAAAGUAGGUUACCAAAAUGUUAUUGUCACGCCGCGUCACCGCUGCGCCGCCAUCUUUAUAUACUGUGAGUUUCGAAUUUUCUGACUAGAGUCAUAAUUAUAAAAGUUUUAUAAUAGAUGUUCGCGACUCGCGUUAUAAUACUGCAAUUAUUUUUAAAAGUCUCAUCUAGGUAAUAAAUAUACUUCUAUUAAAUUAGAAUAUAAAUGAACACCAAAUCAUGUGUAAUUUCUGUGUCAUUAAUUAUUAAUGUAUUCUUAUCUAUAAUAUGAGGAGGCGUGUACUUAAAGCUUGUAGAGACAAAUCUAGAUUUUAAUAUCGACAUUUAAAUUCCCUUAAAUAAUGAACAAAAUAAUUUACAGAGUAUGAAAAUAAUAACCAAAUUCAGUAAUUUGUAACGUCCUCGAUAACUAUUUGAGAUUGCUCUUUAACUCUAUUUUGCUUUCAUAAAUAUGUGGACUUCAUUUGUUAGAAUUAUUUAGAUAGACUUAAAACAAGUCUAAUACAAAACAGAACAGGUGUAAUAAACCUAAUUAUUGUAUCUAGUUACACUGUAUGUACUUUGAGAAUGUGUACGUUUUUCCCGUAAUUAUGUAAAAAUAUCAACAAAAUUAAGUUAUUUUAAUAAUUGGUUAAGAAAAUUAAUAUUAUUCCAGUUCCAAUAAAUUAUUUUGCUGGUCGCUGUUCUAUACUGCAAGGGAACGUACAUGAGUGUAACACGCUCGUAAUAAUAUAAUGUUUAUGUUAGGUAAUAAAACUUAAGUCACGUGAUGACUCUAGACAUCCAUUAAGAUUCCUCUAACAUGUGUACAGUUCGUAUGUAAUAAAAAGGGGGUGAAGAAACCUUUUGUUACUAUAAUCCGAGCUGUUUACUUUUUUUUCUUUGAAACUGUCAACAAAAAUUUAUUCCAGUGCUCAACUCGUAAGUCGUAAGCGACGUUUUUUUGUAUCAGUUAUGCAUAAUUAAUAUUUGAAACCUAAUAUCUUUCUGAUAAAAACUAAAUUUGUGAAACAUUACACGUGUAAGUAACGUAAACACUAGGGAAGAAGGGAUAGUUAAGGAUUUAGGUAUUGAUAAAGUAAGCAUCGGUUUUUGUAAAGCUAUGUCGGACGGAUAAUAUAUCGCCAGCAUUCGUGGAAGUGCAGAAAUACGGUGUAAGCCCGAUUCGUGGAAGUGCGGAAAUACGGAAUAAGUCCGAUUCGCGACAUGUUAUGUUGUCAAAAUAGUAUGCUAAUUAUGCCGGGCAAAAUUUUAUGACGAAUAAUCAACGAGAUUGGUUCGUGUGUAUAAUGAUUUUGUACACUUUAAUUUGUAUUUAUGGUUGGGUUAUAUACAAUAAUUCAUAUUUUAAACAAUAUUUAUUGCCAAUGUCAUUCAGUUUACGAAAAUGUUUUAUUUAAUGAUUUCUUAUGUUUACACGAAUGUUAGACAUUUAAAUUAAACUAUUUUACGGAUCCGUAAAAUAGUUUAAUUUAAAUGAUUUAUUUAAUUAAUUUUUAUUCACAUAAUAUCUUGCUUAAAAAUGCACCAUAAGAGAACCAGUAUCAAUUUAUUUCUUUUCAUGUGCUACACCAUAGAUCCUUGAGGAAGUUUACAUAUAAUUAUAAAAAUUGAAUUGAUUAUGUAAAAACAGUGUGUGAUUGAAAAACAGUUGUGAGUGUGUGACAUAGUGUGAUUUUUAUAUAUAUAUAUAUAUCCGUAAACAUUUAAAAAUCACACUAUAUUGAAAGUAAUGACUACAAAUGAUCAAUCAUUAAAGUCUUUAAACUUCUUUCUAAAUACCUGUAAGUAUAGAAAAGUAUGAUAUAAUAAAUUUAUUAAAACGAAAAUAUUUGAAAACUACCUUCCAUUAACAAAAUGUAAUGAGCAAAAUUAAUAAAUAUGAAUCAAAAUUGUUUUAAAACAUAUUUUGAUAGUAACAAUCUCAAAGGUUAUUAUGUUCUUGCCACGGCAAAAUAUUAUAAAGUAAAGCAAUGUUACUCAUAAGAAAAUAUAUUUGAUACAUAUUUCAUCCACGAUGUUAUUUAUAACAAGAUGAUAUUUCGAGAGGAAUAAUGGGCAGAUUUAUUUACCGGAGGAGUUGGAGGGAAUUGGGUAGAUUUAAUGUUAUACAAUAUGAAGAAAAAUAUAAGAAAACAUUUCCUAACGCAGCAAUAAAAUCUACACUGCAUUUGACGACAUGUCAUGUAGGUUUUUCACUCCGUGUCACUUGAAA